AUGUUUUUUGGUCUCCUUUAUCCCCUUCUAUUUGAACUCUCUGUUCUAAUUCCAGAUCCAGCCUUUUCACAAGGUUUGUAAGAUGCGUUUAUUAAUGCGUAUCUCUUAUUGUUUUCAGUGUGAGAACAUUGAUGUUGGUAAUAUUUAUUAUUUCACAGUAAUUCAUAAUAAUUUAAUACAGAAUCUGGAUAAAAGUCCGAUGAUCCCUGAAUUCCAGCAGUCUUUGUUUUUUGUCACAUUUUCACUUGACUAAUGGUGAUGCGCGUUGAAUGAUCUUUAGAAACUUCUUUCAACAACUUGCUUUAUAACUGAUAACUUGGGACGCUGUUGAAUGGCACAAUCUCAUUGUUUAAUUAACUUCCCUUAUAUAUAUCUGCUGUUGUGAAGUUGUAUAGUUGAAGUCAAUUUGUUCAGCACCUCGGUUAAAUGCAAAUAACACUCCAUCACUCCACAUUGAAAAUUGUUUUUCAAGACUAAGCUAAAACAUUGAUUGAAAAAGCCGUUAUUCAACUUCAAGUUAAAUUCUAAAUGUUUCCAAAACAACAGCUACACAUCUUUAAAACCUGGAUAAAAUUGCGGAGGUAAACCACAGGCUUUCGACCUCGCCAUGCUUUUAUUUAAAAAAUUUAUCAAAGACUUCUAAAAUUGGGUUCGCGGAAACAUUGAUUCCUUUGCCUAUAAGGUCAUUGAUUGAUGUUCUUCCCUUUUCCGAUGGAAAGUUUGAAAGAAAUAUGUUAUAGUCAGGUGAUUAAUCAUGAGAAACGGAAACAACCAGAGCUUUAUUUGCAAAAUUUUGUUUGAAAUGUUACCUCAGUGAAUAAUGGUAUUUUAGUCACUCAGAAUACGCGUGUAUUUAAGGUGAAUGGCGUGUCAGAUAUUGAUAAGGUAAGACAAUACAAAUUUAUGUCUAAGAGGUUCCUGAAAAACUUUCGAAUGAAUUAAAAUCGAAGUGACUUGUUGAAAUGGCUGCGAAAAAUCUAUCUACGAUAUGAUCAUUUUAAGUGUUCAACGAAGCGAUUUUCUUUUUUCACCAAACUAAGUUUUUCAUAUGUUACUCUUCUUUAUCUUGCGAAAUGUCGCCUGAUUUUACCCAACUUGACCGAGGACCUCGCGGGUUGAGUGGCGACAACAGUGGAGGAAAAUUGUUAAUUAAAUUUGACGGAAGUCAAGGGGCUCAACAUGUUUAGACAGCUACAAGCUAUUGACAAAAUAACAUCUGUUUUGCUUCCAAUUGGCAAAAGUUAUGAAUUCUAAAAUUAAGACAGGUGCGAUAAUAACAGUGUCGCAAGAUUUCUUCAACCUUUCAGGGAUGACCGCUUAAAAUGGAUUCCAAAGAAAAGGGGUAAUUUAAACAAUGAUAAAAAAGCGCCAUUUAUGCCAUAAUUGACCACUUUUUUCACAAAACCUCGCUCAAAAAUACUACUAACGUUCAUUUUGAAAGGAAAAUAGGGAUCAAAUUUUUCUUGACAUACAAUUGAGCAUUGUCCCGAAAAGAAAGAGAGAGAAAAACACACGGAUCAGCUUAAAAUAUGCUCUUGAUACUUCAAAAGAUCCCUGGAUUUUAAAAAUACCUCAAUUCUUUCCAUCAUUCUCAGCUACCUCUUCGCUGUAUUCUACAACGUCCUAAUACGGCACGAGUACAAAUUUUGUUUAAGUUGUAGAGAGGCAGGGGUCACCCGGAAGUCUUGAAGGGAGUUGGGAGGGAAGGGAGAGGGGGGUGAAUGAGAAGAAGGGAGGCUGGUACUGAUCGGCCUUGAAACCAUUCUUGAAAAAAUUUUUUCAAUAUUGUUUUUUUAGGGUGUCUCAAACGUGGCAAUUUAGUGAAGCUGAUUUACUACUAACCAUAGAAAAAUGGUUUUUCAUCCCCUCAAACAGCGGAUUUCGCCAAAUGAAGGUUCAUAAGAGUAACGUAGAUAUGAAAAACAUCAAUUGUCUCGAAUGGUAUGGGGGGGGACUGUUAUAGGCCACUUCAUCAUCUCUUGUAACCAGUCAGUUCCUUCCCCGCCACUCCUUCCUCUGAGUGCUGCCAUCAUGUCCUCUUAUUACUGAACUGUUCUUCUUUCCCGUUACAGAGUCAAACCCUGUGUAUCGCGAGGGCAACCGCGCCUCCUCCACAAGAACCUUUCUGACACGUACAUUCAUUAAACACGAGUUUCAUCACUUGAAUGUGCCGCUUAUUGGAACAGUGGCAGUGUCUGAUGUGUUUGACUGCACGUUAGAAUGUCUUAGCAAUCCGUUGUGUUUUUCUGUAAACCUGGCCGCCUUCAAAGGAACCCAUGGAAAACUUUGGUGCGAAUUGUUGUCAUCUGAUAAAUUCAGAAACUCCACAGAGUAUAAAGGGAAUAAAAGUUCGCAUCAUUUUGCCAUUGAGGUAGGAAGCAUUUCUUAAUUUUGACUAAUAAACAUGUUAAAAGUUUGACAACUUUGCCAAGAGAAAGAAGGCAGAGAGAAGGCAGUCAGGUUAAAGUUACUGCAAGUGGUGUCGGUCUGUUGUCGUGUUCAUUGUGGUGACAACCGUAUUUCUAUGGCAUGUUGCAAAGCAUGCAUACACUUUCUCGCGCGCCGCACUAUCUUACUUACCACAUUUGUUUCCUAGGCGCGUCAGCAUACUAAGGAAAUACAUGUGACUCGGUUGAAAAUUUUAGUCAAGAUACCAGAUUAUUUUUAUUUAAAGAAUGGAAUCGUUGUUUACAUCGUCAGUAUUUGGUCAGCCUUUUUUUCAAUUUGUGUUUUAAAAUGUUUUAUCAACAGACUUCUUCAUUUUCUGCGUACGUUCGAAACAGUCAGAAAAGCUUUCCAGACUCAUAGAUCCCAACGGCUUAGCAAUAUAUUUUUAACCUCAUAAAGCCACUUUCUCAAAUACCAGCAAAGGCAGAAAACCCGGCCAAAAUCUCUAUACUGUAGAUGAAAAUAAUAAUUAAAAAAAAACCUGAUAAUACUAUCAUAUGAGGUUGUCCAUACCAUGAAAAAUUUCCACUAAAACGAAUCCGAACCGGAUUGACGGAAUAGCGCAUCAACCAUUUUCCUACUUUGCUUCUCUACAGUCACCUUGCUCUUCGUCACCUUGUCAACACAAGGCUACCUGUGUCACUAACUAUAGAGAUGGCUCAUUCGGAUGCCGCUGUGAAAAAGGCUUCAAAGGAGAAUAUUGUGAAAAAGGUGAAUAGUUUGGCAUGCUUUUGUGACUGAUAUACAUCCAAUAGCAUUAAAUACCAUAAUUCUCAAGUAACUGCUAUGAAUUUUUCUACUUAACCUUGGAUCUCGAAAAUGUUCUAAAAUAGCUGGCGAAAAUAUAUAACUAACAAAUAUUUAAUGCAAUGCAUAAAAAUUUUGAAUCUCUCGAUGCUUAAGUUGAUUAAGGUGGUCUUCCACUCACAUUUUGAAAAUUUUCAAUAUUAACUGGAUCCAAUUCAUUACGAUACCAUUGGAAAUAUCAUUCAGAAGUGUCAGGAACUGCACUGGUGAUUGACAUUUUGUAAUCAUGGCAACCAGUUUUCAGGCUCCCGACGGUGAAAAAAAGUACCCAUCUGCUAAAAAGAAUAUCUAAAGAACCAGAGGUCCCAUUGGAAAUAUAUAACUAAAGAAACAUUUAAUGCAAUGCGCAAAUAUGUUGAAUCUCUCGAUACUUAAGUUGAUUAAGCAUCUGACUGCGAAACGCUAAGGUCUGAGUUGAGGAACUGAAUAUAUAUUUUUAUUUUUACUUACUUCCCUCAGGGACCAAUUAUCAUUAACUACGGGGGAAGGGAGGGGGGUGGAGGAUUUUAGAGGAUAAACACCUUACUUUUGUUUUUUUCGUCCAUUUAGUUACUGGUUCCUGCAAAGAAGCUUACAACCUCUUUAAGUAAGUGAUACCAAAUGAUUAUCUUUUCGAGCAUAAAAAGAGACAAAACUAUGGAAUAGUUUCGACACCGAGAGAAGAUUUUUCGCCGCAAACUAAUAUGAUCACGAAUGGGUUUUUUUUUUCGUAUCAAACAGGUCAAACGCCAGUCAAAUGGUCACAUUAUACCUUGACUCUAAACCAAUCACAGUUCUCUGUCAGAUGGGGGAUUUUGGAUGCGGAGAUGGAGGAUGGACACCUGUAAUGAAGAUUAACGGCCGCCAGGUAAGCCUUCUAUGGCGGAAUAUUCUUGGCGAGGUUUUCUUGCGGGUGAUGAAGUGCAUGCAAUAAAUUUUCAGAAGUGUCGAAACUACGAUAGAAUCUCUUAAUAACUCGCCCAUAUUCUUCUCGCGGCUCCUGCUUGAGGAAAUUCUUUAGGCAUAAGUGCUACAAUAACCUUAUACCUCAAAAGGCAACAAAUUGCUAAUUAACCCGCCCGCAAGUAGGGUAUAGAUUGAUGGCUUGUACGCCAACUGUAUUACUGAGUUCAUGAGGGUCCUGCCUUUGGUGACGCAUCGGAUUAUUUACAUUUAAGAAUAAAUUAAAUCUUCUUAAUUUUCUUUAGGCAACUUUUCACUAUGACUCUCACUACUGGAGUGAUAAAAACGAAUACAACACCCCCGGCGGGAGGACUGGGUUUGACUCACAAGAGACCAAGUUACCAACCUAUUGGAACACACCUCUCUCCAAGAUCUGUCUCGGUAUGGAGAUAAGUGGACAGCUCAGGUUUAUUGUCAUUAACAAGCAGGCGAACUCUCUGCACUCGCUGAUCGCUGAUGGGACAUACCGCGCUACUUCACUGGGUCGUAACGAGUGGAAGAAGUUGAUUGGUGCGCAGGGCUCUUUACAACUGAACUGUAGCAAGGAGGGCUUCAAUGCUGUAUGUUCUUCAAGUCGUCAUUCUAAAGCAAGAAUUGGUUAUGUAGCUAACGACAAUAACCAUUGUGACUCUUGUGACUCCAGAAUUGGGUUUGGUACCGAAAUCUCCUGA